CACCGCAGCUCCGGGCCACAGCCCCUACGCCCGCCAGCCUGCCGCGCCCGCCACCCUGCCGCCCCCGCCAUGGGUCGACAGAAAGAACUGGUGUCCCGCUGCGGCGAGAUGCUCCACAUCCGCUACAGGCUGCUUCGCCAGGCAUUGGCUGAGUGCCUGGGGACCCUCAUCCUCGUGAUGUUUGGCUGUGGCUCUGUGGCCCAGGUUGUGCUCAGCCGGGGCACCCACGGUGGUUUCCUCACCAUCAACCUGGCCUUCGGCUUUGCUGUCACCCUGGGCAUCCUUGUUGCUGGCCAGGUCUCCGGGGCCCACCUGAACCCUGCUGUGACCUUUGCCCUGUGCUUCCUGGCACGUGAGCCCUGGAUCAAGCUGCCCAUCUACACCCUGGCUCAGACACUGGGAGCCUUCUUGGGUGCUGGGAUUGUUUUUGGGCUGUAUUAUGAUGCAAUCUGGGACUUCGCCAAGAAUGAGCUUGUAGUCUCAGGUCCCAAUGGCACAGCUGGCAUCUUUGCCACCUACCCCUCUGGACACUUGGACGUGGUCAACGGCUUCUUCGACCAGCUCAUUGGCACAGCUUCCCUCAUCGUGUGUGUGCUGGCCAUUGUUGACCCCUACAACAACCCUGUUCCCCGUGGCCUGGAGGCCUUCACUGUGGGCCUGGUCGUCCUGGUCAUCGGCACCUCCAUGGGCUUCAACUCUGGCUACGCUGUCAACCCUGCCCGGGACUUUGGCCCCCGCCUUUUCACUGCCAUCGCUGGCUGGGGCUCCGAAGUCUUCACGACUGGCCGCCACUGGUGGUGGGUGCCCAUCGUGUCUCCAUUCCUGGGCUCCAUUGUGGGUGUCUUUGUGUACCAGCUCAUGAUUGGCUGCCACCUGGAGCAGCCUCCACCCUCCGUGGAGCAGGAGAAUGUGAAGCUGGCACAUGUGAAGCACAAGGAGCAGAUCUGAAUGGGCAGGGGCCACUCCCCACCCACCCUGCAGCUUGAGCACCCACUGACUGCCCAGAGGCUGCUCCCUAGGAGACCCCACGGUCCCCCUACCAAGCUGCAAAGUGCUUCGCCCUGCCCCACUGGACAGCCCCCUUCAGGAUUUUCCCACCCUGAUAAAUAGGACCUGCAGCUGUGGUGGGACAGGGUGUAGGGCCAACAUAUUCAUCUUGCAAAAGGAGAGAAUGAGCAGCGGGUGUGUGAGUGAGUGAGUGAGUGAGUGAGUGAGUGAGUGAGUGAGUGAGUGUGUGUGUGUGUGUGUGUGGUGAUUCUAGCUUUCAGGAAGCCCUGGGGAAGGGAGAAGGUGAUGUGUCUAUCUGUGAGUGAGCAAGGUACCAGGGGUCUGCAUGGUUCAGGAGCUCCAUGUGGAGGAGGGUCCAGAUAGAUGUGUUUCUGAGUUUGUGUGUCUGCCCUUUUUACUAAGCAGGGGAUUUCUCAAGGCUUUGGGGGAAGUAGGGUGGGAAUAUGGAUAAGGCUGGGAGGAGGGGGCCACAGCUGAGGUAUGGAACUCAGGCUGUACAUAAAUAGGAGCCGACUAACAUGUUUUGUCAUAAGGUAGGCAUGAGAGGGUGGGGUGAAGUCCAGGUCGUAAGUUUCAUGUUUGCUCUCUCUUUUUUAAAAAAAACAUAUAGCAAAUAUUACAGUUUUAGGGAUGGGGGUUGGGAGACUACUUUAAAGAGGGUCUUUCUUCUCUGGGGAAGGAAGACCCUCUUUAAAGUAGCCUUAUUUCUCCUUUAAUCCUCCACUUAACACAUGUACUCUGCCUUUUAUAAAAAAACAAUAAAAUGUAUGCCUAAAACUGCCAA